AUGGCAAUGGACGCGACCUGGCUCCGGGAAGCCGGCGAAGCGCAGGAGUUUCAGAUGAGCGCCACGCUGGAGGCUCCCCAGUAUUACCCAGAGGACACGAUUUUAUUCCCACUCCCGCCGCCUAACUUGGGGUCCACCCUGUAACCUCUCCGCCCUUCAGUUUUCUCAUCUGUAAACGGAGGGGCUGGGCUUCCCGAAGGCCGCACCCAGCCCUGGCUUCUGUAAUCUCACCCUUCUCAGCCCAGAGAGAGGAAAGAGCGAUUCUCCAUGUUUCUCUUUUUCCUGACCCUACCGUCUCCUCCAGCUCAGAUUCUAGGUCACAAGCCAAUUCAAAACCUUGUCUCCUUCCUCAUCCUGUUUCAAAUGGAUCCUCUUUAUACCUGAUCUAGAUAAAAGGGGGCGUCCCAUUGGUAAGGGAGUCAAGAAAGGGGGAGGGGGCUUCCGCAAGGGCAGGCAGGGACCAAGUCUGGUUGGUUGGUUGGCUGGUUUUCAUUGAGGUAUUUCUCUACUGUGUGCAACAGUGUCAGGCACAUAGUAGGGCUAAAUACAUCUUUGUUGACUGAACAAAGCACUUAUCAUGAAAGGAAGGCCAGGUCCCCUAGCAAGUCUAUGCUACCCAAAGCCCUCUGUGCGUCUCUCUUCCCCAUUCUGCAACCGCAGCCUUCUGCCCCAACCAACUGAAGAAGGAAGGACUGUAUGUACUACCGAUUUCAGUACCCAGUGUCUGAGCUGUGCAGUUUCCAAUUUGUGGCUGCAGCCUCGGUUGUUCUGGGAAGCCCUCUGGGGAGUCACCAGAUCCAGGACCAGCUGGAUACAUCAUAACACUGAAAGGCUAGAAGGAGGAAGCAGGAGAGUCAGUAUUGUGGCUUUCUGGCUGUUUCCCCUUAGCUCCCGAGAAGUGUGUGCCUUCAGGCAACAGCAUGCCUGCCUUGGCCUCCCAUGAAGCAGAAGCCCCAGGAGCAAUCUGAAGGUUUAGAAACUAGUACACAAAGUCCCCCAAAGUCAGGCCCACGCCUUUGAUGUGGCUUAAAUAGCCCUUCCUUGUACCUUCCUGCCAUUUUGCCCCAAUAGUUACCCAGAAAUCCAAGUACCAAACCAGGCCCUAAAUCAAAGUAUUUAUCUAGAGACUAUUUUUAUCAUUUUGUGAAAUUAGGGUUUCCUUAUCCACUUGGAAAAUGUCUUAAAAAUAAAAACUCCUAGGUCCUACUCAGGUCUGAGGUGGAGCUCUUAAAAACUGGCCGAGUUAUUCUGGUUACAUUUUGGGAACCUCUGCAGAAGGACCUAGCCUCAGCUGGGCUAUUCAUUGCAGGUGUGGGUAAAGGGUGUCAGGCUAAUUGAUGCCAUGUUCUUUCAAAGGCUUUUCCUGAGGCUAAUGGAGAACGGCUGGCCUCCUUUUGUUUCCUGAUCCAUAAUCCGAUCUGUUGGGAAGAGUAGGAUGAUGUAAGGAUCACAAGCUUUGGAGUUGGACCAUCUGCGCCCAGACCCUGGCUCUGCCACUUUCUACCCUUGGAACUUCUCAGGUUACCCUAACCUCUUGGAGCCUUAGUUACUUCACUGUGCUCAGCCCAGGAUCUUCUGCUUCAAGAUUGAGGAUACUCUCCCAAGGGGGAAAAGAACAAAGGAAGGAGAACCGGGUAGAAGAAAACAGACUUCACCCAUCACUGAAAUAUUUCGUACCUGAAGCACAACCACCUUGAGAGAAGAACAUGGUGGCAGCUCUUCACAGUCACCUGAUUGAGGGGCUUGGGUUUGGUCCUGACUCAGAGGGAAAUACACCACCACUGAGAGGCACCCCCACAGCACCUUCGUAAUCACAGCCAAGCCUUAGCUUGGUCCCAGCAGACAUAUGAAAAAAGAUGACUGUCAGAGCCACCAAGAGGGUGGCAGACUUGCUGUUACCAGGUCCACUCACAUGGAUCACAAUGUCUGCAUGAGGUCAUGGAAUGUUGCCGAUGAAAUGAAAGUGGCUCCUAAGUCAUAAAGUUGCAGGCAGAUGGACAUCCUUUUGACAGGGCUCCUAGGAACUGAGCUGUGCCACUCUCCCUGAUGAUUCUGGGAAGUACAUAUCUCUUCCAGAGUUGGGAUCAAAUCCAUACAUGCCCAAUUCUCACCAAAGCCCACUCUCCCCAGGGCUUGCAGGGAUAGAAAGAUAACCACACGCCUCCAGAUUUGUCUAUGUGAGAGCAGAGAGCACAAAGUUUGAGACCGGGGUGAAUGGACAGGUGUGCUUCUUAGGGAAGCAGCAGAAAGGUGGCAAGAAGCUGGCAGCAGCCCCCAAGAGGCCCCUGGCACCAUGGACAAUGAUGAACCUCUUGAGCCUGAGACAACAGAGGAGACUGGAACCCAGGCAACACCACAUAGCAGUGAUGAAACCCUCUACUGUGAGGCUGAAACCGCCCCGGCCUCGGAUAAAGGGAAACCCACCCGGGAGAGUUCAGAAACAGACCUCGAGAUCGAAGAUACUGAGAAAUAUUUCACCACCGGGCAAAAGGAGCUGUACAUGGAGGCCUGCAAACUGGUGGGCGUAGUGCCUGUCUCCUACUUCAUCCGGAACAUGGAGGAGUCCUACAUGAACCUCAACCACCACGGGCUGGGCCCCCACGGUACUAAGGCCAUUGCGAUCGCCCUGGUGUCCAACACGACUCUGAUCACCCUGGAGCUGGCAGACAACAGUAUCAUGGAGGACGGCAUCCUGAGCCUGGUGGAGAUGCUACAAGAGAACUACUACCUCCAGGAGCUGAAUAUUUCCGACAAUGCUCUUGGUUUUGAGGGGGCCAAAGUCAUCGCAGAGUUUCUCCAGAAAAAUUCCUCUUCACUCUUGAGCCUUCAGCUAUCAGGAAAUAAGUUCAAGGACCAAUCUGCAGAGCUGCUCUGCCAGGCCCUGUCGGCCAAUUACAGAAUUAAGGAAAUGGAUCUCAGCCACAACGAAUUCUCUGACAAGGACGGGGAGUUCCUGGGAAGCAUGCUGGCCCUCAACGUAGGGCUCCAGACACUGGACCUGAGCUGGAAUCACUUAAGCUCACGGGCAGCUGUGUCCUUGAGCAACGGUCUUCGGUCCAACGUGACCCUGAAGACACUAGAUAUCUCCAUGAAUGGCUUUGGGAACGAGGGGGCUGCGGCCCUAGGGGAGGUCCUCAAAUCCAACAGCUCCCUGGCCUACCUCGAUGUCAGCAACAAUGACAUCAGCAACGAAGGGAUCAUCAAACUCAGCAAAGGACUGGAGUUCAACGAGUGCCUCCGAACUCUGAAGCUUUUCCUGAACCCUAUGAACAUGGAGGGAGCUGUGUCACUUAUCAUGUCCAUCAAGAAGAACCCCAGAUCCAAGAUGGAAAACCUUGACAUUUCCAACGUGAUGGUGUCCGAGCAAUUUGUGAAAUUCUUAGAUGGGGUGUAUGCCAUCCACCCCCAGCUGGACGUGGUCUACAAGGCAAUCCAAGGCCUCUCUGCCAAGAAAUCCAUCAUCCAGUAUCCGAACCCCAUGAAACUGAUCCAGAGCUAUGCCGACCAGAACAAGAUCAAGGUCCUGGACUUCUUCAAGAGCUUGACCCCCACUGGGAUGAUGAAGAUGCCUGUGAGCGAGUUCUUGAAAGCCAUGAUACAGCAAAACAAGAUCCCCCUAAACCGGUUCCAAAUCAGGGAGCUGAUCAAGCGGCUGGAUGACAAGAAUGGCAACGUGAACUUCAGUGUCUUGGAAGUGGUGAAGCCAUAGCAACAAGUCUGUCCUGGAAAGAAGUUUCUGUGAAAGAGAAGUCCUGGCAAAUCGGCCAGCGGCGAGGAGGAGGAGGAG